AUGCUGUAUCCUCCACCACAAUCAUCCCUGAAACCUUUCUCUACCAAAACAAGUUUCUUGAGCUUCAAAAUUUUCAAUAGCAGUCUCAAAAUGGCUAGUUUUUCAAGGGCAGUGUGUUCUUCAUCACUUGUCCUCUUCUUCCUCUUCUUGAGCUUCUCAGAAGCCAGAGACCACUUGGUUGGUGGUAAAUCUGAUUCGUGGAAAGUCCCUUCCUCUGAAUCUGAUUCUCUCAAUCACUGGGCCGAAAAAUCCCGAUUCCAAAUCGGCGAUUCCUUAGUGUGGAAAUUUGAUGCGUCGAAGGAUUCAGUGCUGCAAGUGACAAAGAGAGAUUACGUUACAUGUAACACAUCGAGUCCCAUUGAAACUUACACCGAUGGCAACGCGAAGGUGAAGCUGGAGAGGUCGGGGCCAUACUACUUCAUUAGUGGGGCGGAGGGGCACUGCGAGAAGGGUCAGAAGGUUAUUAUUGUGGUGAUGUCUGAGAAGCACCGCCACUUCAUGGGCGUUUCUCCGGCACCUUCUCCGGCAGAAGUUGAGGGUCCGGCAGUUGCGCCCACCAGCAGUGCUGUAAACUUGAAGGGCAGCUUUUUAGUGGCACUGGGAGCUCUGUUGGGAUUCCUUAUGAUGUGAAGGAUUGGUUAGAAAAAUAUUUGGUUAAUCUUAUUAAUUUAUUUUUUGGGAUGGGGAAAUCAAUUCAUUUUAUGUAACUCAAAUUACAGAGUUUUCAAUAUAUAUUUUUCAUUUUUUUCAUAAAUGAUGGUUG